AUGACGGGCCGUGGUCGAGGUGGUGCCAGUACUGGUAGUGGAGGAGGUGGUUAUUAUGCUCCUAACGAGAAUACACUGGCUAUGAUGUUGGCAGUCGCCCAUCCUCGUGAUCCAGUAUCUCGUGGUUCUUCUCGUGAUCCAAGUCAGUCUCAGAUCCGGUCUCCUUCGCAGUCUUUAUCUCUUUCUUCUCGGUCUUUGUCGCAAUCCCAGUCUCCUGCUCAUUCGCCGGCUUUGUCUCAGUCUCAGUCUCCGGUAUUUAGAUCCGUGUCUCAGUCUCAGUCGCAAUUCCUGUCUCAUCCACAGGAUCCUAUUUUGGCAUCUGCUGCGGUUCUUGCUGGUCGCGACCAUGAACUUGAACGACGGCGUGAUUUAGACGGCGACAUUCACACUGAACGGGACGGAGAACGUCAACGAGAUCGUGGUAGAAACCCAAGUCAUCAUCACCAUCAUCAUCAUCAUCAGUCGAGAACUAGGACCGCUAGUAACAACAAUAGCAAUAGUAAUAUCAACAACAGCAGUAAUAGCAACAGUAAUAAUAACAGCAGUAAUAAUAACAGCAGUAAUAAUAACAGCAGUAACACCAACAGCAGUAAUAAUAACAGCAGUAACACCAACAGCAGUAAUACUAAUAGCAGCAGCAACCAACGACCCAAAAUGCAUGUGAAGAAAAGCCAAGGUGCGGAAUUAUUUAUCGAUGAACCACUUCCUGAAGUGCCGCCGAGUCCUGGUUAUGAGCCACCAGCGUUUAUUUCGGGGUUUGGCCCUGAUCCCGGCAUUUCUGUCGCUGUAGCUACAAAUGAUUCGAGUAUUGGCAAGUUUCCUGCUCCUUUAAAACCCAUGGCAAAUUCAUAUUAUGAUGAGGAUCUUGUGACCAGUGUAGGCAGCUUGAAAUCAGACAGAUCAGACCGAUCAGGCCCUCUGGAUAUGGCAAGACGACGCUCGUCGGCCAAUUCAUUUAUCCAUGGAGAAUUGAUGCGAUCUGGAACACAAUCCAGUUUCAAGUCUGAUAGCUCUGCCAGCAGUCUUGGCCCUCACCCUUCAGUUCACAGUGGUUCGGUCGGCACUACUAUUACUACCAAUACUAUCACUGCUGUCACCACUGGCAGUACAAUUACUGCUGCUGCCACUGACAGCACUAUUGGCACUAAAGCUGAUAGUGUUGGUACUAUUGGCGGUAUUGCUAGUGCUAAUCGUAAUAGUAAUAGUAACAGCAGUGGUAACAACAGUGGUAGCGAAAUUAACACCAGCACUAAUAAUACAAACAACAACAAAAACAUUGGUAACGAAAAUAUUAAAAAAAUUAUUAACGACGAAAGUAAUUGUAACACUAUCAAUAAUAUCAACAGCAACAGCAGCAGCAGCAGCACCCACAAAAUCAACAGUGAUAAAAUUGCUGGUAACACUGCUAAAACUUCAUCUAGCUCUGACUUGACACCAAGUACAACUGAUAAUAGUGGUGUUUCUGCAUUCAACACUCCAAGCUUCUCGGCAACCGACGGUUCUACAAAUGUAGCCGAUACCGGCAACAAAUCUCCAACGUCAGUUUCGCCUGGUAGCAGCUCUCCUUUAUCGAGUUCUCGAUCUCCUGCUGAUAUCCAGCCAAGUCCAGCCACUCAGACAAGAGAUGACACCCCUCUCGGUAAUAACAAACCGCAGCGCAAGGGUCAUGGACCUCUGAGUGGAAUCAGUAAACUCAUUGCUAAAUCUGCCCCAUCAUCUCAAAUGAAGAGCUUUGCAUCGGCUGCCUAUCCGACUUUUAAUAAACCAAAUACAGUAACUCCAGGAGCUUCAAGAGCUGAUACCAUUGCCGCAUUGGCUGCUCAGGCUCGUCAGUCGGUGCCAGUUGUAAUACCGCCACCAUCUGUAACUACAUCUGCUGCAACAACAGCAAUCUCAACCAACCAAGGUAUUGGCACUUCGAUCUCCAAAGCCACUCCAAACUCGUCGCAACCGCCAUCUCGCUCACAAUCUCGACCUCCGUCAAGACCACCUUCCAGACCUCCAUCUGCUAAUAGAUCUGGAACCCCGUCUGAGAUCUCGUCUCCCUCAUCGGAAAGCUCGUCGGACGGCCUCUCUAUUCGAUACGAAAGACCCGUCUACACCGAACAGGAACUCAAUAGUGCCAUUGCUAGCAGCGAUAAUACCUACGACAAUAGCACGGAUCUUGAGGACUACAGUGAAAGAGAAUCCAAUAGUGCGUCACUAAGGAACUCAUUCUACAAAGAAGACCGCAAGACAAAAAGUUCCACCAAAUCUAGGAGGUUCCCGUUUCGAAGCAAUAGCAUGUCGACACCAAUUAGUACUUCACCAAAACCCAAAUCAAGAGGAUUUUUUUCUAGUUCAAAGUCGACGACGUCUAAUAAUCCAACACCCAGCAAUAAUAACUUGAAAUCAAUCCCAAUUACACAUCUACCAGGCGAGUAUUUGCCAGUUCAACUACACCCUUCAAACAACGAUUGGUCAUUGAAUUCGAAAUACUCUCUGUACAAAAACCUUAUCCGGUCCAACAAACUAGUUGGAAGGGGAUCCACUGCUACUGUCCGUACUAUACAAAACACCACUACAAAACAAUUGUUUGCUGUCAAAAUAUAUCAUCGGUAUAACAGUGCUUUGGAUGGCGAUGUAACCCACUAUUUCAAGAGAUUGGCCACUGAGUACCAAGCCGGUAGACAACUUAACCACCGCCAGAUCGUUCGAACGUUUGAUUUGCUGGUUGACAACAACGGUCAAUGGUGCUCUGUGUUGGAACUCUGUGAUGGAGGCGACCUGUUUUCUCUCAUUGAGUCAUUCCGAAUGGAUCACAAGAAAAUGCCCAAAGAUGACCGCAAUUGUCUGUUUAAACAACUGCUACUGGGUAUUAACUAUCUGCACUUCCACGGAAUCGUCCAUCGGGAUAUCAAACCUGAGAAUUUACUGCUCACUUCUACCGGAUACUUGAAAAUUUCCGACCUUGGUGUCGCUGACUCGAUAUUCUGUUCUGACCUGAUGAUGAAAGAUGUCAAUGCUGACAGCGAAUGCGAUGCUGACGAUGAAGAUGAUGCCUGUAGCCGGAUCAGCAGCCAGGUCAACAUGAUUCGAUUGUCAGCAGGUAUCAAUGGCAGUGGCCCUUAUAUCUCACCUGAGGUGCUCAUGUCGAAAGAUGACCCUGCUGCUCCCUAUUAUGACGGCCGAUUGCUCGAUAUCUGGUCGUGUGGCAUUGUAUAUCUCAACAUGGCAUUCAAUGCUGGGAUAUUUGCUAAAGCACACAAGUCGGAUCCACGCUACGUUAAAUACGUCGAGGAGCAUAAAAAGUACUCUGACACUGAACAAAAGUCCGAUGCUAUUCUUCGCAAUAUCUUUUCCAUGUCGUCGCUUACUCCAAGUUCUUCCAUGACCAACAUUUCCGCCACCUCGUCACUAGCAGAUACAUCGAACACCAUGCUACCUGACUCUAAGGAACCACCACCUGUCAAAGAGCGGAGCUACCUGUCCUACUUUGACGAGUUCGGCGAAUCUGGCAAGAAGGUCAUUGCCACCAUGCUCUCACCCGACCCUCAGAAACGGCCUCAAGUCGGCGAAGUCCUUUCGACCCACUUCAUCAAAGCCAUUGAACUUUGUGUGGAGCCCGAUCCCACCGACCGCGACGAACUUCUGCCACAUGCCAGCAAGCAUGGCGCCAAUCAUGUACAUAAAGCGCCCCAGAAAUCAUCCAAGUAA